AUGUUGGUACUCGUUGUUGGUCCGAUCACGAUUAUACUCAACAACCGAGUCUGGGCUGCUCUCUUUGAUGCCAUCACGGCCUUCAGCUUCACGGCUGCUUAUCUUAUCAUAUCUGGUCACAUACUUCUACCCGGUACUUGGCCAGCCUUGCACUUCCAAACCUUCAUCUCUUUUCUGUCGACCAUUUUACCAGCCGCACUGUCACUAGAUAACAUGAUUGGCGUAGAUCGCUACUUGCUUGAGAUCGCCAAGAAUCCCGAGCUAACCCGUGUCCAGAGGCGCACAUCUCUCCGUUACUAUGUUAUCGCUCUCAUCUCGUGGACCAUUGGUAUCAGUGGCUUCGUCUAUGUGGCGAUAACACAGUUCAAAGGUGACUGUAACGAGCUCAUCCCCAACUUCGACUCUGAGUGUCUGGUUCCGGUAUAUCCAAUCCUAGAUUCCCAAUCUUGUGAUUGUCGGAUGGCAUCAGUAUACCUUGAGGGCGAUUGCGUGCAGGAUGAUAUGAAACGUUUGUCACAAUACAACAGGAUCGAGUAUCUAAGGAUAUCGGAUCAUGACCCGACCCCCUCUACCACGUGUACUAACCAGCCACAGGUUCUUUUCGAUACAUUAUCUGCACUGGGAGAGCUCAUCGUUUUGAGUCUGGUAGCAGUUCCAAUUGAAACACUUAACUUAACCAGAAUGGAGACACUCGAGAUCCUCGGCGUCACUGCAACGAACUUGGCAACGAUUCCGGAUGACGUGCAUCUGCGGUUGCCUUCUAUCCGCUCCUUUGAGCUAGAUCUCUCCCAGAUACAAGACCUACCAUUCGACUCGCUCAAACAAAUGCGCCAUCUCGAAUAUAUUGGUCUAGCUGGAAACCCUAUCUGUUACGGUACGGAAUUCCCCGAAUGGACGGCUGGCAUCGUGGACUGCGGCCUGGCACAUGAUGGCUCUUGUGAGGUGGACGCAUCCCUCAUGGGCUUGUCAGAAACGGUCAAUGGUUACUGCAAGAAAUGGGUCGCUGGUGGCGCCUCUACUGAAUGUCUACCGGUUUGCGAGACCACCUUCCAAACUUAUUCUGUAGCGGACAUCGAUGGCA